GAUUGACGAUGCUCUGCCUCUGUGAGUAUCCUUCCCAUCUCUCUCCUUGACACCGUCUAUGGAGUGAAAGAAAUAGUGGUGUACGUGACACUCUAAGCAUCUGUGCUUGAAAGUGUUCUCAUGUAAGUUUAUUGUUUGUUUGGGUUCAUUCUCCAGGGACUCAAGAAUCAAACCAGUAACACUAGAAACCCUAGAAGUAUGCAUCGUUUUCUCUCUUUCGUUCGCCAUGCGAGUCGAUCUUAUUCUGCUCCGUCUCUGCCUUUUGAGGCCAAUCGUUCAGUUCGAAGCUCUGUCAGUUUAGGAACUCUGAGAUCUUAUGGAUCCCCGGGAUCUGCAAGCUUGUACAAGUGCUUCUCAGGGCUACUGCAAAGCAAUGAACAUGUUAGAGGAUUUUCAAGCAUGAAUCCAGGGUGGAACAUUUUGAACAAAAAUAUUAAUCCUCCCCGUGGCUUUAAUCCGGACUCUCAAAGAAGUGUAAACCCCCUUGGCGUGAAUGAUUCUGAGACGAAGACGAGUUCCGCCCCAAUGGACUUUGUGAGAAGAAUUAUAGAGACAGAUGGAAAGGGUGUUAUGGGGGGUCCUGAAAUCUCUGGGUAUAAUUUAGACCAUGAACAUGAUGUUGUUCAUAUAAAGCUGUUGCGUAACAAUACCUUUGUUACUGUGACGGAUUCUAAAGGAAAUGUAAAACUUAAGUCCUCAGUUGGGUGUUUGAAAGACAUGAAGGGAGGGCAAAAGCUUGCCAGGUAUGCUGCUGAAGCUACAGCUGAAGAAGUUGGAAGAAGGUCUAGGAUGUUGGGAUUGAAAUCUGUUGUUGUUAAAGUGAAAGGAUUUACUUAUUUUAAGAAGAAGAGGCAAGCAAUAGAGAGCUGGAGAGAGGGCUUUACUAAUUCUCGAGCAGGUAGAAAUCCAAUUAUAGGUGUUGAAGAUACUACUCGAAUUCCUCAUAAUGGCUGCCGGCGCCCAAAGAAGCGACGUAUUUGAUUAAUUUUAUGAAAUAUUAUCUGCAAAUUAGUGUCAUAAAUUCUCCAGAACUUAUGCUAGAUGCUGAAUUUAUCAUGAAUAUCCAUUUAAUUUUGAUGUUGAAUUCCAAUAUACAAGUUUUGUUGGCAUCUCUUGUUUACAGUUUGUACAAUACUGAUGGAUAGCUCUACUGUAAACAAAAUUUCUGUAGAAGUCAUUUUUAAGAUGAAAAAAAUGAUGAUGAAAUUGAAAA